AUGUUCAACCUCGACGUAGCAGAGUGGAAGCGAGUGCGUGCCAUCUGCUCGCCCAUUUUCACCAGCGGCAAAUUGAAAGCGAUGAUCCCGUUGAUGGACCGCUGCAUUGACAAUCUGCUGUCGUACAUUGACUCCAAGAUUGAGGAGAGCGAAAGGCCUGGCUUCAUCAAUGUCAAGCAGACACUGUCCGGUUUUUCGAUUGACGUAAUAGCAGCCACUACUUUUGCAACCGACACUCACGCCAAUGGAGUCCUUAACAAAAAAGGUGUUGAUAGUUCUGAAGCAUCUGAUAAGAAGACCUCUGACUUUGUUCACUACGGAACGUCCAUUUUCAAGGUUCCACCGCUGAAGGUGGCCGCCGCUUUGUGCCUCCCUCGACCACUUCUCAACCUUCUGGGCAUCAGCACCUUUUUCUCUGAAGCGUCUUUUGAAUUUCUGAUUAGCCUAUCACGAAAAAUCUUCCGCAAGAGACAAAGCUCUAAGAGCAAGCCGGCUGUUCCCGAUCUAAUUCAGUUGAUGUCGGAAAACUUUACCACCGAUCAGGCGUUAAACAGUAGCGGCUACGAUCAUCUGACGGCAAGCAUGGACCAUGAACCAGAAGAGCAGGAGAAGAGCACGGUUCUAGAGAGUAAAAGCAGCGGCUUUUCUCAGAAUGGUUCAAAACCAAACUUUAGUUCAAAGCGGAUGCUCGAUGAAAAUGAAAUUCUUGGCCAGCUUGUGCUCUUCUUCUUUGCCGGCUUUGAAACCACCGCUUUCACUCUGACCACUGCCCUCUUUGAGCUGGCCCACCAGCCGGAAAUUCAGGAGCGCCUCUACUGCGAGCUGACCUCCUUUUCUGAUAAGUUUAACUCUAACAAAGAGGAGUACUACGAUCAGCUGCUGAAUCACGCCCCCUACCUUGCGGCGGUCAUCAAGGAAACCCUUCGAAAGCACCCAAACGUCGUCCGUCUGGAGCGACGCGUCUCGGCGCCUGAGGGCGCCACCCUGGGAAAGGUUCACCUCGAUCAGGACGUCCUCGUGGAGGUGCCCAUUCUGGCGGUGCACCACAACCCCAACUUUUACCCCGAGCCGGAGCUCUACAAUCCCGAGCGUUUCAUGCCCGAAAACAGGGACCGUCUGGUUCCCUACGCCUAUCUGCCCUUUGGCGGCGGACCUAAAAAUUGCCUCGGCAUGCGUUUUGCCUACCAGGAGAUGAAGCUCUGUCUGGCUCGGGUGCUCUCCCGGUACCGCUUUAGCCUGGCAGCGGACACGCCCACACGGCUCAUCUACGCCAAGGGCGCCCAACUGUUGGUCU